AAGGACAAGGAGAGUCAUAAAACCAGGCCCAGUUCUCAACCACACACCUGCCACAAUGCUGCUGCUCAGCCUGACCCUUAGCCUGGGCCUCCUUGGCUCCUCCUGGGGCUGUGGCAUUCCUGCCAUCAAGCCGGUACUGAGCUUCAGCCAGAGGAUUGUCAACGGGGAGAACGCAGUGCCAGGGUCCUGGCCCUGGCAGGUAUCCCUGCAGGAGAGCAGUGGCUUCCACUUUUGCGGUGGUUCCCUCAUCAGCCAGUCCUGGGUGGUCACUGCUGCCCACUGCAAAGUAACCCCUGGCCGCCACUUUGUUGUCCUGGGUGAGUACGACCGAUCAUCCAAUGCUGAGCCUUUGCAGGUUCUGUCCAUCUCAAAGGCUAUCACGCACCCUUCCUGGAACCCCACCACCCUAAACAAUGACCUGACGCUACUGAAGCUCGCCUCCCCAGCCCAGUACACAAAACGCAUCACACCAGUCUGUCUGGCUUCCCCAGAUGAGGCACUGCCUGCAGGCCUCACUUGUGCCACCACUGGCUGGGGACGCCUCAGCGGCGUGGGCAAUACAACCCCAGCACGCCUGCAGCAGGUGGCUCUGCCACUGGUCACUGUGAGUCAGUGCAGGCAGUACUGGGGCUCACGUAUCACGGACUCCAUGAUCUGUGCAGGCGGCUCGGGGGCCUCCUCGUGCCAGGGAGACUCUGGAGGGCCUCUUGUUUGCCAGAAAGGGAACACGUGGGUACUUAUUGGUGUUGUCUCCUGGGGCACCAGCAACUGCAACGUGCACCAGCCCGCCAUAUACACUCGGGUUAGCAAGUUCAGCAACUGGAUCAACCAGAUCAUAGCCUAUAACUGAGCCCAUCUCAGUCCAAUAAAGACCCCAUGCUCUGCC